AUGAGAAACCCAAAGCUAGCUAUCAUUGUCUUCCUGCUCAGCUGUGUAAUAUAUGACCCUGUGUACAGUCAGGUAACCUGCCGCAGAGCCACGUCUCGUGAAUGGCACACUCAGCCAAGGAACAUCAGCGUGAGGUGGACCCUCAUGGAGAACACCUGCAGCAGUUUGACCCAGUGCUGGAGCAGCUUAGCAGAAACAAAUGGACACUUCUGGACAACUGGGCCAUAUCACUUUCCUCAACUUUGCCCUUUGGAACUUCAGCUUGGAGACCUCUUGUUUGUUUCUGCCGACAGAACGCUUGAACAACACGGUGUCCAACUAAUCAAGGUUUCUAAAGGGGAGUUUGAUAAUUGCUCGAUUAUAGCACCACGCAAAGAGCAGAUGGUAUUUACCAGCAGUAUUAAUGGUACUUUGCAAGUGGAAUCGAAGUGGCUGAUGUCCGGUUUGAAUUACUUUACGGUCAUUUAUAGAGGGAGUAGUCAUCUGUGCAGGUUUGGCCUACGCAUUGCAGUUCUGGUAAAGCCUCAGCUCUGCCAGAGCUCACCUCUUCUUCGGCUGUGUUCAGGAAAAGGCGAAUGCAGAACUACAUUUAAAGAUGAUUCAUUUACCUGUCGGUGUCACAAACACUUUUCAGGACGUUACUGCGAGAACGUUGAUGGAUGCCAUGAGCUGCCAUGCUUAAAUGGAGGCACCUGCCUAAGUGAGAGAAGUGCCUACACAGAUCUUCCAUCAUACACAUGUCUUUGUCCUGCUCCAUUUACAGGUGUCAACUGCUCUGAAAUCAUUGGAAAUCUAAACUGCAGCAAAGGGUGCAAACAAGGAGCUUGUGUAAAAAUCUCAUCAACUUCCUACAGAUGUGAAUGUUUCACAGGAUAUACAGGUACUUACUGUGAGAGGAAGAGGCUGUUCUGCGACUCAAACCCGUGCCGGAAUGAUGGUCGGUGUGAGGAGACUGCUAAUGGAUAUGUUUGCACAUGCCCAGGGGGUUUCACAGGCCUCAACUGUGAGACCACCGCUGAGGCUGACAGCUACUGCAAGUCUAGCGGAUGUCAACUGGACGAAGCCUGUGCCACGGACAAACUUAAUUCCACAUGCAUUUGUGUAGACUCAGAAUGCUUGGAGCAAGCGGAGGUGUGUGGCACUUUGCCUUGUCUCAACGGUGGCAUCUGUGUAGUUCCAAAUGGCCAGUAUCAUUGCAGAUGCCGGCAAGGUUUCUCUGGAAAGAACUGUGAAGAAAUAAUUGACUUCUGCAAGCUGCUCAAUAUUAACUGCCUGAAUGAGGGACUGUGUCUCAACCGAGUCGGAGGAUAUAAUUGUCUCUGUGCACCAGGAUGGACGGGGGAGUUUUGUCAGUACUUGGAUAACGCAUGCUUAGCCUAUCCAAACAGAUGCUUGAACGGAGCUACUUGCAUCAGUAUGAGUCAGACAACUGCACCCCCGCAUUAUAUGUGCACCUGUCUCCCUGGAUACACAGGACCCUACUGUGAAGCUGAAGUAAAUGAGUGCGAUCCCAGCCCCUGUCAGCACCAAGGAACAUGCACUGACUUUGUUGGAUACUACAAAUGCACCUGUCCUUCAGGAUACACUGGGAUUGACUGUGAGAUUGACAUAAAUUCCUGUUGGCUUCCCAACGUCACCUGUCCUCCUGGAACACUCUGUGUGGAUUUGCCGGGUGACCAGCUCUUUAAAUGUCAUACUCCAUGCCCUCACUAUCUACAGCCGUGUGCCAAUGGAGGACAUUGUGUCCUUCACAACAUCACCAGUUACAGUUGUGUUUGUGCACCUGGGUGGACUGGACCGACCUGCUUGGUCAACAUAAAUGAGUGUGUCCAGCACAGGUGUCAGAACAGAGCCACCUGCGUGGAUGAGGUUGGCGGAUACAGUUGCCUUUGCGGUCACGGAUACACCGGAGUCCACUGCGAACUUGACUUUGACUUCUGCUCUGGACAUCAGUGUUCAGAACACGCCGUCUGUGUGGACCAACAGCACAACUACACCUGUCACUGCAUGCUGGGAUAUGAGGGAACGCUCUGUGAGCUUGAGACAGAUGAAUGCAAAAGUGCGCCCUGCACCAAUAAUGCCACUUGCAUUGAUUUGGUGGCAGGAUACCAAUGCUUGUGUGCACCAGGAUUUAAGGGUCGAACGUGCUCUGAGAGUAUGAAUGAGUGCUGGUCCAGACCCUGCCUUAAUGGAGGCUCCUGCAUUGAUCUGGCCAAUGACUACAUUUGUAACUGUCCACUAGGAUUCACAGGACAUGACUGCUCCAUGCCGGCUACGGGCUGCACUUCCAACCCGUGCAACACAAAGGGCACUUCCAUGUGCGAAGAGCAGCAGGACAGUUUUAAGUGCGUGUGUCACCAUGGCUAUACGGGCCUCUUUUGUGAAACGUCCAUCAAUCACUGCGUCGAGGGAUUGUGUCAUCACGGAUCAGAAUGUGUGGAUCUCACAAUAGGCUUCAGGUGUGAAUGUUUGCCUGGGUUACGAGGACGAUUGUGCGAGGUAAACAUUGAUGACUGUCUGGAUAAGCCCUGUGGUGCACUCAGUAUCUGUAAAGAUGGUAUCAAUGCCUAUGACUGUUUUUGUGCACCUGGGUUCGUUGGUAAUAACUGUGAGAUUGAAGUAAAUGAGUGUCUUAGUCAACCCUGUCAGAAUGGAGCGUCCUGCUCAGAUGAGCUUAACUCCUUCAGCUGUCUCUGCCCUGCUGGCACUACAGGCAGUUUAUGUGAAAUAAACAUAGAUGAAUGCCAGUCAUCACCAUGCAUGAACAAUGGCACGUGUUUGGACCUCUCAGACGGAUUUAAAUGCAUUUGCCCUUCAGGUUUUUCUGGUCCAGAGUGCUUGAUAGACAUCGAUGAGUGUCUUUCAUAUCCCUGUAAGAAUGGAGGCUCCUGCAUUGACCAACCGGGUAAUUACUACUGCCGAUGCCUGGCUCCAUUUAAAGGCCUGAACUGCGAGUUGCUGCCCUGUGAGGCUGUUAAUCCGUGCGAUAACGGGGGAGAGUGUGUGGAGGAGGCUGAUCUUGUCCUCUUCCCUCCGGGCUUUCGGUGCCGAUGUCGCAAGGGUUUUACAGGACCCCGCUGUGAAAUCAACAUCGACGAGUGCAGCUCCAACCCCUGUCUGAACGGCUUCUGCUAUGACGCUGUUGAUGGCUUUUACUGCUUGUGUAACCCUGGUUACGCUGGAGUGAGAUGUGAGCAGCACAUCAAUGACUGCGCUAGCAACAUGUGUGAAAACAACUCGACUUGUGUGGACCUCCAUCUGAGUUACAACUGCCUCUGUCUACCCGGCUGGGAGGGGGAGUACUGUCAAUGGGAGACCAAUGAAUGUUCAUCAAACCCCUGUAAAAAUAACGCCACCUGCACAGACCUCCUCAAUGCUUACAGGUGUGUGUGUCCUCAAGGAUGGACAGGCCUGGACUGUGGCGAGGAUGUGAAGGAAUGUUCUUCCUCGCCCUGCCUGAACGGGGCACAUUGUGUGGAGUCUGAUACCCCAGGGGAGUUUUCCUGCACCUGCCCGCCCUUCUUCACCGGGCCCCUCUGUGAACAGCCUUAUGACCCCUGUGAGCUGCGGCGUAACCCCUGCCUGCACAACUCCACCUGCCGUGGCCAGUCAGACGGAACCGCCCUCUGUGUUUGCCCAGUCGGGUUUGAGGGAACUCGCUGUGAAAUUGAUAGCGAUGACUGUGUCUCAGGACCUUGUCAGAACCACGGCCAUUGUGUGGAUGGGGUCAACAGCUACAGCUGUUUCUGCAAGCCAGGAUUCUCAGGCCUGCACUGUGAGGAAGACAUCAAUGAAUGCGCAUCCAACCCCUGCCAGAACCAAGCCAUCUGCCAAGACCUUGUGAACGGAUUCCAAUGUAGCUGUGUCCCUGGAUAUUUUGGACCGCAUUGUAACCUGGAUGUAAACGAAUGUGACUCUUCCCCCUGCCUUCAUGAAUCUGUGUGCAUCAACAAACCAGGGGGAUUCGCGUGUGUCUGCAGUGCCGGCUUCUCAGGUAAAUGGUGCGAGCUGAACGUUGAUGAGUGCAAAUCUAAUCCAUGCCGAAACAACGGGAGCUGCAUCGACGGCCUUAAUGGUUACCAGUGUGUUUGCUCCAGAGGUUUCAUGGGCGAUCACUGCGAGAGAAACACUGACGAGUGCUCAUCCGGACCCUGUGUUCAUGGGAGUUGCCUGGACGAAAUUGAUGCAUUCAGCUGUCAGUGUGAGGUUGGAUGGACCGGGCACAGAUGCCAGAUCAACAUUAAUGAAUGUGAGGCUCAUCCAUGUCUUAAUGGAGGCUCUUGUGUUGAUCUUCUGGACAAAUACGCCUGCAUAUGUGCUGAUGGUUUCACUGGGAAGAACUGUGACAUUGACCAGAACGUGUGUCUGCAGACGUCUCUGAAUUUCUCCUUGUGUUUCAACGGAGGGACAUGUGUGGAUGGACCUGGAGUCAAUUUCACAUGCAGCUGCCGGCCAGGUUUUAUGGGAGAUUUCUGUGAGGUGGAGAUGAAUGAGUGCUGCUCGGAGCCGUGCAUUAACGGGGCCAUCUGCCAAGACCUCAUCAAUGGCUACCAAUGCCACUGUCGACCAGGUUGGACAGGUCUUCACUGUGAAGAUGACAUUAAUGAGUGCUUGCUGCAACCAUGCAACCAGGGAAUGUGCAUCCAGAAUGAGCCUGGCCAUGGCUACACCUGCUUCUGUCGGCCCGGAUUUGUGGGGGAAAACUGUGAAUAUAAUUACGAUGACUGCUUGAUUCAGUCAUGUCCUGAGACGUUUUCCUGUAAGGAUGGCAUCAACAAUGUCAGCUGUGUCCCUGUGAAGACAGACACGUCAUCGCUUCCUCCGAUCUCAAUCGUGUCAUGGAGAAGCAGAGACAUCAGCACAGAGUUACAGCCCACUUUCGCACCUGUGGAAAACUUGCAGCACACUGAACAACCGGCAGAUGCUAGUUUUGGAGGAUAUUCUGGGAAUUCCUUUUUGGAGUUUGGAGGAUUUGAAGUUGCUGUUCCGAUCAGUGUCACAGUGAGAUUCCAAACUGAAUCAAUGUACGGAACUUUACUGUACUCAGCCAGUGCCAAAAGAAGUGUGUUCUUCAUCAAACUCUACAUUUCCAAUGGACCUCAGUAUGACUUUUUGUGCAACCAAAAGCAAGGAGUUCAGCGGAUCAAUACAGCACAGUGGGUUGCUGAUGGAAAUGAACAUGUGGUGAUUUUCAGGCAAUGUCUCUCUCCGUGUGCGGCUGAAGUCACCGUUAGUGGUGUUAGGACUGUCAGAAGUGCUCCAGGCAAUUACACAUCAGCCUUGAGCUUACAGAGAACUGACCGUCUGUUUAUUGGAGGUCUUCCUGGCCACCAUUCACCUUACAGAGAAGCUGAGCCUUUCCACAACUACACCGGCUGCAUUGAAGUAAUCGAAAUUAAUAAGCUCAGAAGAUUCCACAUGGACCAUGCCAUUGCCAGGAAGAAUGUUGACAACUGCAGAUCUCAAAGGCAUUAUGAGCCACCAACAAGCUCCACACAUUCUACCGCUCUGCUCAUCACAGUGGAAACUCCUCCUGGAGAAUGGGUCAGAGUAUUAUCACCCACUCAGCCUGCACCUGUCUGCCCGCAGGGACUCUGUCUCAAUGGGGGCACAUGUCGACCUGUCUCUCUGCCCAGUGGAGCCUCGUCUUUCUUCUGUGACUGUCCUCUGCACUUCACAGGACGUCUGUGUGAACAAGACACCACAGUCUUUUCCCCUCGAUUUGAUGGUAACUCUUUUUUGGAGCUGCCGUCCCUGACGUCCCUGUUUCAGUCUGACACUCACUUCCCGAGUCGCUCCUCCGAGGACAAGAGGAUCCUGUAUUUGACAAUGAAGAGCAGGACGCCUCAUGGUUCUCUGCUCUACUGCCGCGAGCAGGAUUUGGGAGAGCGUUUUCUCCAUGUGUUUCUCCAGAACGCAAGAGCUGUGGCCAGGCUGGGCUGCGGCACUGCUCACAUUUUGACUGCAGUUGCUGCUCAGAAUAUUAGGAACGAUAGUUUGGUGGCAAUUACGGUGAGAUAUGCAUUGCCAUCUCAAAACAAUGGCCGGCUCUGUUUCAUUGAAAUAGCUGUUGAUAAUGGAACUGCUAAUCAGCAGCAGAAAUACAUGGAUGAGCCGGUGUCAGAGGUAGUUUUUGGUCACACUUUUCUUGGUGGCUUUCCAUCCGUCUCAGAGCUGCACCACAACAGUGGGAAUGUCUCUGGCUUCAUUGGCUGCAUACGUGAACUGCAGAUGGGUUCCAAAGAGCUGUAUGUGGUGGGGGAAGCAAUCAGGGGCCAAAAUAUUCAAAACUGUGAUACCGCAGUCUGCCAGCACCAACCCUGCCGCAAUGGAGGAACCUGUAUCAGCGAUGCAGAGAACUGGUUCUGUGUGUGUCCUUCGCUCUACUCCGGUAAGCUGUGCCAGUUCACCGCCUGCGAGCGAAACCCAUGUGCACGCGGCGCCACCUGCGUUCCCCAGACACAGCUGGAAGCGGCGUGUCUUUGCCCCUACGGAAGGCAGGGUCUCCUCUGCGAUGAGGCUGUCAACAUCACACGGCCCAAGUUUAGUGGACUUGAUGAAUUUGGAUACUCAUCGUAUGUGGCUUAUCCAUCUAUUCCCAAUACGGGCCAUUUUUAUGAAUUUCACCUGAAGCUCACCUUUGCCAAUAAUGCCUCUGCUUUGAGAAACAACCUCAUUCUCUUUUCCGGGCAAAAGGGACAAGGUCUCAGUGGAGAUGACUUCUUUGCGUUGGGGGUUCGGAACGGCAGGAUUGUUCAUAAGUAUAAUCUUGGUUCGGGUUUGGCAGCAAUUAUCAGCGAUCGCCUGAAUCCGAGGAUCAGCAUUCACACUGUCAACUUUGGAAGAUACCUGAAAACUGGAUGGCUGAAGGUGAAUGGACAGAAGAGGAGGACAGGUACAUCUCCUGGACCGCUGGUGGGUCUGAACACCUUCAGUCAGCUCUAUGUGGGUGGAUAUGAAGAAUACACACCUGAGCUUCUGCCUCCAGGUUCUCGAUUCCAGAACAGCUUUCAAGGCUGCAUUUUCGAUAUGUUGUUUCGGACAAGACAAGAUGGCAAGUUUCAUGCUCUAGGAGGGCCAGACAUAAGGCCGCUGUCAGGACGUAAUGUGGGUCAGUGUGGUGUGAAUCCAUGCAGCCUGGUCUUCUGCCAUAAUGGAGGAACUUGUGUGGACUCUGGAUCGUCUGUAUACUGUCAGUGUGUGGUUGGAUGGAAAGGUGCUCUUUGCUCAGAGAAAGUGUCGUUCUGUGAUGCUGAACACAUCCCAGCGCCUUUCUGUGCUCGCGGCUCCACCUGUGUGCCCCUUCCGGAUGGAUACACAUGCCAGUGUCCUCUGGGCUCUGCUGGACUCCACUGCCAGCAAGCUAUAACUAUCAGUGACCCCUUCUUCAGUGGGAAUCAGUCAUCUUGGAUGUCAUUUCCUCCCAUCAACAUAAGGCACAGAACGAAUGUGCAACUGCAGUUUCAGACUCUUUCUCCAGAGGGAAUCCUGUUUUACACCGCUCAGCACUUGAGCACUCAUUCUGGUGAUUUCCUCAGUGUAUCCCUGUCUGCAGGAUUCAUGCAGCUCCGCUAUAAUCUGGGGAACCAAACUAUCGUAUUACAGUCUCUGAAAGAGUUAGAUGUGACCGGUGUGAGGUGGCACACAGUGAAGGCUGGCAGAGAAGGCAACAGCGGCCUUCUCAUUGUAGACGGCGAAUCUGUGACCAGGAACUCUUCGGAAGGCUCAACCACUCUGGAUGUUGGCGCAAAUAUCUUCAUCGGUGGCAUCUCUUCACUUAACACUGUGUCAAUAGAUGCAGUGGAAAAGGAGCCAGUUGGAUUUACAGGCGGCAUUCGAGAGGUUGUAGUCAAUGGGCAGGAGCUUGAGCUUACAGAGACAGGAGCGCUCGAUGGAGCCAAUGUUGGCGACUGGGAUGGGACUGCGUGUGGGUAUAAGGUUUGCAGGAAUGGUGGCCACUGCCAUCCGUCAGGUGUUUUUUCAUUUACGUGUAUCUGCCCCUCACUGUGGACUGGCUCACGAUGCCAACAAUCCAUUCACUGUCUCAACAAUCUUUGUCAACACAAUUCUGUCUGCAUCCACAACACAACUUCCGCUUCAUAUUCAUGUAUGUGCUCUUUGGGAUGGACUGGGACUCAUUGUGACAGAGAAGUAACACUGAAGACCAUCAGGUUUAUUGGAAACUCUUAUUUGAAAUACAGGGAUUCGAAGUACAACUCUAGGAAUUUGAUGUACACUGAGGUUUCACUGAAUUUUUCUACUUCAGCAGGGGACGGAUUGAUCUUUUGGAUGGGGAAAGCGGAGAGCGAAGAUGAUGAUCAUCUAGCGGUUGGACUGCAGGAUGGUUAUCUGAAGAUUUCGGUCAAUCUUGGUGAGAGAACCGCUCUUCCUCUUGUAUAUCAAAACUCUUUUUGCUGUAACUAUUGGAAUUACCUUUCAAUAACGCACAAUCGGACUCUCAUCCAGGUCUAUGUGAAUGAGGAAAGAGUCAUUUUUGAAGAUAUCGACCCUUUCGAACAGUACGUAGCUGUCAAUUACGGAGGGGUGAUUUAUUUGGGAGGUUUUGAAUUGAACAGAGAUGUGGCAUCGGUUACAUCUGGUGUAUUCACUAAAGGGUUUGAAGGGAGUAUUAAAGAUGUUUUCUUGUAUCAGGACACCAAACAGCUGCAUUUUCUGCAAACCAGCGAAGGUUUCAAUGUCUAUCAAGGUGAAGAGUAGGGAAAAAAUGAUUGUGGUUAUUUUGCUAUCUCGAUGUGUGAUUUGAGGCAUUCAUGCCUAGAAUGGAAUUGGAGUCUU